UACUAAGGGAAAGAAACAGAGGGUGGAGUGGAGGUGGAAAGUGAUAGUGGAUAGGAAGUAGACGGUGGAGUGGAGGUGGACAAAUAUGAUGGACUAGAGGUGAAUGGUGGAGUAAAGGUGGACAAAGAGCCAUAACUGAUGUCAGACAUACCCACGUGCAAACUCUUGGACCAUUGAUAACUUCUGAUGAGAUUUUAAGAUAAUCAGGAAAUUAAAGUUAUUUAUGUUAUAAGAAAACACGAGUUUCUUGUGAAAAAGGAGAAUGGUGAUAUCAGUAUAUGUCUAUAAAUAUGUGUAUGUGGUAUGAACUAGAAUCACACAACAACAGAAGAAAAAGUAAAAACAGACAGAAGAAUGGAGGUAGCACAGGUACUGCGCAUGAACGGUGGUGCUGGAAAAACAAGCUAUGCAAACAACUCCUUUGUUCAGGACAACAAAAGUACGACCAGAGAGUAGUGAUUGUUAUGUCUGCCAUUGAUUUACAGAAAAAGGCUAUUACUUUAUCGAAGCCCAUAAGAGAGGAAGCCAUUAUUAGUUUGUAUAGCAACACACUCCCGAGAAGCUUGGCAAUUGCAGAUUUGGGUUGCUCUUCUGGACCAAACACUUUCUCUGUGGUGUCUGAACUCAUCAAGACCCUGGAGAAGCUUUGUCGGAAGCUGAACCAUAAAUCUCCAGAGUACAGGGUGUUUCUGAAUGAUCUUCCUGGGAAUGACUUCAACAGCAUCUUUAAUUCCCUUGACAACUUUAAAGAGAAAUUGCAAACAGAAGUGAAAGGUGGGAUUGGUCCAUGCUACUUCUCCGGAGUUCCGGGUUCUUUCUAUGGCAGGGUUUUCCCAGAUCAAAGUCUUCAUUUUGUUCAUUCCUCUUACAGCCUUCAAUGGCUAUCUAAGGUUCCUGAGGGUAUAGAGAACAACAGGGGGAACCUUUAUAUAGGAAGAACAAGCCCACCANAUGUUGCGAGAGCUUACUACCACCAAUUUCAAAGAGAUUUCUCUAGUUUUCUCAAGUGUCGUGCAGAGGAACUGGUUGAAGAAGGUCGUAUGGUUCUCACAAUUUUGGGAAGAAGAAACGAUGCCGAGGAUCCAGCAAGCAUGGAGGGUGGCUACCUUAUUUUGGAGCUUAUGGCUAUGGCUCUUAGUGAAAUGUGUGUGCAGGGAAUAAUAAAGGAAGAGCAAUUGGAUAGUCUUAACAUCCCACAGUACACUCCAUCACCAUCUGAAGUGAAAUUGGAAGUUCUUAAAGAAGGGUCGUUUGUGAUCAAUCGUGUAGAGGUGUGCCAGGUCAAUUGGAAUCCUCUUGAAGAUUGGAAGCCUCUUGAGUUUGAAUCUGAAAGGUCUGAAUCACUUAGUGAGAGUGGAUAUAACCUGGCACAGUGCAUGAGGUCUGUGGCGGAACCUAUGCUGAUUAGCCACUUUGGUGGACAUAUCAUUGAAGAGNUUUUCAGCCGUUUCCAGAAAAUUCUGGCUGAUCGUAUGUCUAAGUGUAAAACUGAGUUCAGUAACAUUACGAUAUCGAUGACUAGGAAAGCAUAAAGAAGUUUGCAUCUAGGGUUUCUCAAAUGCAUUAUAUAAAGGAAAGUGAUAUUUUAACACCAUUUUUUGACAUCAUUUUGACACUACAUACGUGUCAAAAUAUAGUUAGACGAUUUUAAA